AUGGAUCAAUCCGGAAAACGCCACCCCAGUUCGUUCCAGCAACUCGAGAAGUUGGGAGAGGGUACAUAUGCUACGGUUUUUAAGGGGAGAAACCGCCAAACUGGUGAGCUCGUCGCGCUCAAGGAAAUUCACCUUGACAGUGAGGAGGGAACUCCAUCCACUGCCAUUCGUGAGAUCAGCUUGAUGAAAGAGCUCAAACAUGAAAACAUCGUUUCAUUACAUGAUGUAAUCCACACCGAGUCCAAGCUCAUGCUUGUAUUCGAGUUCAUGGAUCGCGACUUGAAGAAGUAUAUGGACCACCGCGGUGAUCGCGGCGCAUUGGAUUACGUCACCAUAAAGUCGUUCAUGCACCAGCUCCUCCAAGGGAUCGCUUUUUGCCACGAGAACCGUGUUUUGCAUCGUGAUUUGAAGCCUCAGAAUCUUCUCAUCAAUAACAAGGGAAUGCUUAAACUGGCUGAUUUUGGUCUGGCCCGUGCCUUCGGUAUUCCUGUAAACACCUUCUCUAACGAGGUCGUGACUCUGUGGUACCGUGCGCCGGACGUGCUCCUUGGGUCCAGGACCUAUAAUACCAGCAUUGAUAUUUGGUCCGCUGGUUGUAUCAUGGCUGAGAUGUACACUGGACGUCCACUCUUCCCCGGAACAACCAACGAGGAUCAGUUGCAGAAGAUCUUCCGGCUGAUGGGUACUCCUUCAGAGCGCUCAUGGCCUGGGAUCUCGCAGUACCCUGAAUACAGAAGUAACUUUCACGUUUACGCUACCCAAGAUCUGCGUAUGAUUCUGCCUCAGGUCGACCCGAUGGGCCUUGACUUGUUGAGCCGCAUGCUACAACUUAGGCCCGAGAUGCGUGUCAGUGCUAAAGACGCACUGAGACACCCAUGGUUCAACGAUCUGAAGCAGCUUCGGGCUGGACUAGCCCAACAGCAGGGACAACAGCAGGCCAGUGCGGAAAGAGCUAGAAUGGAUGCUGCCGUCAGGGCGCAGCAGAUGGGUGCACCAAUGGGUGGUCAUGUAGGCGGACCAGUCUAUUAA